AUGAUCAUCCUCGCGCGCGACGACGUCUUCCCGCAGGCCGUCCGCGACAACGUGGCCUAUGUGAUCGUCGCCAUCAACAUGAUCGUCUUUGGCCUUCUCGUCGUCCGGCAGCUCUACAUGACGAUCCACAAGAUAGUGCGCAACUGCAAGGCCAAGAAGUCGAGCCACUCGGACGACGAGAACGAGCGCGCCGACUUCAACCAGGUCGAGUCGCCAGCCCGCGCGCAGCACCCAAAGAGCACCCACCAAUCCGACCUCGAGCGCGGCCAAGGUCGCCCGCAAGCCGCCCUCGAGAAUGCGGGGUCGCGUCCAGGCGCCAACGGGUCCAUGCGCGAUGGACCGAACGCGUCGCUGCAAAGUGGACAGAAUACGCACCAGCUCGGCGGCUCGAUGCGGGCCGACCCGUCGCGUUCGGCACCCAAUGGCCAUCUGCAAGGCGGCGCGUCGAUGCGGUCGGGUCUGGACGAGUACGGCCGUCCGCUGCCCAACCAACCGACACCACCGGGCUCGCUGCGGUCGGGCCAGAGCUCGCUGCCCGGAGCUGCGCAUGAUCCCGGCAAUCUGCGCACCAAUCCGACAUCGUCGCUUCCCGGAAGCAACCGCGCACCUUCAAUUACGCCUCCUGGUUCGCUCCGGACGGCGCCGUCGUCCGGCGGCAACUUCCGAGGACCGACACAAGGAGGUGUGACGAGCGGUGGUGCCGCGAUCGGUGUUGCCGCAGCGACGAGUCGGCGUCGGGAGAAGGAGCUGGCGCCAAAGCGUGGGUCGUUGCCACCGCCGUGGUCGGGCGACGCGUAUGCCGAGCCCAACACCGCGGUGGUCAUGCCCGAGUACGAUCUCGACAAGGAGCUCAACCUUCGCGACGACGACGACGGCAAGCAGCACCUCAACGCGUCCUUUGCGAGUAGCAGCGACUCGUACGACCGCGCGUCGUCGGGCUACGGCUACUCGGGCAAGCUCUCGUUCGCGUCCGUGAGCGACCAACCCUUUUCCCGCGCGAUGGCGUCGCCGCCGCCGCUUCUCGAGCGCGACUCGCACUCGGUGAGCAGCACGUCGUCGUCGCGGGAGGCGUCGAGCCGACUCGACGCGCUCGCCGCCAAGUACCUCGUGGAGGACCUCUCACACAAAAAAUCGCCCGUCGACAUGAACGAUGCCAAGGUGUCGAUGGUCGGGAGUCUGCCACUUAAGGAGUCGCUCGCGUUCAUUCCGCGGCCACUUGUCGCGUCCAAGAGCUUGGGUCUCGAACACACAUCCACGACGACCACGGACACCGACGACCAGACGACCAAGCGGCGCACGCACUCGCACAACGGCGUGUACCGGCGAAGCAGAGACGACGAGUUUGAUGAGCGCGACCGCCGGUCCAUCGACAGCUCCGAGGACGAAAUCGAGCUGUAG